AUGGCCGCCGGCGAGGAGGGCCACACCGCCGCCGGGGCACCAGGCUACGAGAGCACCGCGCUGCCGGGCAGCGUGGCCGAGCGCGCCGCCCCCGAGGUCAAGGAGACGCCGCGGCGGAGCAGCGAGGGCGGCGCGGCCGCGGAGGGCGGCGCCGCGAGGAGGGGCAGCCUCUCGUCGCUGCUGCGGGGGGCGGCGCGCGGCAGGGAGGAGCCGCUGAAGGGGCAGGACGGCUGGCCCUCGCCUGCGCAGGCGGGCGAGAGGAGGAAUUCGGGCCCGGAGAUGCAGCGCAAGGGCUCCACGUUUUCUGGGCGGGCGCGCACAGCAGACUCUGCAGGGCUUGUGCAGGCCGACUUUGCCGAGGGGAGCGUGGGCAUCCGCGACCUCGACGUGCAGGACCUCCAGGAGCUGCGCGAGCUGAAGGAGGCGCGCGAGAGGCGAGAGCAGGAGCUCGUGAAUGCGUACAUCAAGAACCACUCCGAUGCGAUCGGGGGGAGGGCCUCCCUGCGCAGGAGUCAAUCCUCGAUCGCCAGGAUGACCUGGAAGCAGCUGGCUGUCCAUCGCCUGAUCAGUCACUGGGCGUUCGACUCGGGCAUGGGCGUGAUAAUCUGCUGCAACGCGAUGACCAUUGGCGUCGAGUCGACGUACACGGCAAAAGACAUUGCUCCGCCAACCUGGGUGGAGGUCGUGGAGUACAUCUUCAUAUCCGUGUACACGGUGGAGUUGGCGUUGCGCCUGUUCGUCGACAGACUCAAGGCUUUCCAGAGCCUCUGGGUAAAGUUUGACGCGUUCCUGGUGGCCUGCGGGCUCAUGGACAUAAUCGUGAAGAUCCUGGCGAACGGCAGCGACGUCCUGGCGAACGUCAUGCUCGUGCGCCUGCUCCGCCUCGCGCGGCUCGCGCGGGCGGCCAGGCUCCUGGUCCAGUUCAGGGUCUUGUGGCUGCUGGUGCAGGGGCUCAUUAACUCGUUCCUCACCAUCAUGUGGACGUUCGUUAUCAUGGUCGUCCUCAUUUACAUCUUUGCCGUCCUGGGGCUGGAGGUGGUGCGGCCCGACGAGGGCGCCGGGGAGGAGUACCAGAUAGCCGUCACGAUGUUCAACGACAGCCUCGGUCGCUGCAUGCUGGUGGGCUGA